CGGCAAUUGACCGAAAUUACAAGUUUUGGCGGGACCUCUUUAACGUCCAGCCUUCAACCUCGCUGCACCGAUAUCCCAAAAGGAGGUAUGAAGUUGUGAAAGUCCUCUCCACACCACUGCCGGGCGAGAUGCUUCGUCCCUCGCUCAGGCGGGCUCUGCUGCGGACCGCCGCAAGACGUGUACCAUGGGCAACGCGAUACAGCACUGUUUCCAAGACAUCAGACCCCUUGAGGGUCUUAUUUUGCGGCUCCGACGAGUUUAGUUGCGCCUCUCUGCAGGCCCUGUACGAUGAGCAGAAGCAGAACUCGGAGCUCAUCCGCUCCAUCGAUGUGUUAGUGCGGCCGGCCAAGCCGACAGGGAGAGGCAACAGGAUAAUGAAAGACGUUCCCCUUCGAGCACUUGCAGAGCAGCUCAGGCUUCCUAUCCAUGUCCGAGACACUUUCAAAGGUUGGGAUAUGCCCAAGCCCGCCGGUGACCCCAUCAACCUGAUCAUCGCCGUCUCCUUCGGUCUCUUCGUCCCGCAGCGCCUCCUCCGUGAAUCCAAAUACGGCGGCAUCAACGUCCACCCGUCCCUCCUCCCCGAGUAAGUACCAGCCCUCCCACUCUUCCGA